AUGGCAAUGGCGGGUUCAGCGAGGAAGGAGCCAGUGCCACCGGCUGAUUGUAUACUUGCUGGAAGAUGGCAGGUGCCGCAUGUCUCCAUCUUAUCUCCACUCCCAGUCAUCCCAUCUUCCAUCUCCCCACCUCCACCCAUAAAUACUCUCCUUCCUCUUGCCUCCCUUCGGAUUCACCGCGGCAUCGCACGUAGAUUGCGCUUUCAUAAGCUGGACACUAGAGCACCCUUUAAUGCGUCCUCACGCCUCAUGGCCUCCCUCCAAGAUUACACCUUCCGCCAACGGCGCUUCGCACCUCUUAGCCAGGGCAAUCGCGAAUCAUCCGAUGCGCCUAAAUUGAAGGGUAUCGUUUUUGACGUUGAUGGAACAUUAUGUCUUCCGCAAAAUUACAUGUUUGGUGAAAUGCGUGCAGCGCUGGGGAUCAGUAAAUCAGUCGACAUUCUGCAUCACAUCCGUAGACUCCCUACAGCCGAGGAGCAGCUCGAGGCCAGCAACAAGAUCAAGGCCAUUGAGCACGAGGCGAUGCAGCACCAGGAGCCGCAGCCGGGACUGGUAGAACUAAUGGAGUAUCUGCAGGAGAGAGGAAUCAAAAGGGCGUUAUGUACAAGGAAUUUUGAAACGCCUGUUACGAAUCUCCUCCAGAACCACCUUCCCACUCAUGUCUUUAUGCCUAUCAUCACCAGGGAGACCCCAGGUCUGCUCCCAAAGCCUGAUCCAGCAGGUAUCUUGCAUAUCGCCCAUGAAUGGGGUCUCGGAAAUCGGGGUGACAACCUAAUCAUGGUCGGUGAUAGCAUUGAUGAUAUGACCGCCGGUCACACUGCCGGAGCAGCUACGGUGCUGCUGCUCAACGAUCAUAACGGUCACCUGAAGGAGCACAUGCACACAGACUUGUGUAUUGAAAAGUUGAACGAGCUCAUCGAUAUACUGGAGAAUGGAUUCACCGGUAACAAAUGUAGAGCCGAGUUCUCUGCGACUGAUGGGGAGGCUUGA